GUCGUCUGUAUCCAUUGAUAUUAAGCUCACACACACAAGCAGAUUGCACUGACUGCUCAACCAGCACCUACAAUAUUCUACCUGCUGCAAAAACCAUCAGGAUACAGAACUACAACAAGGGCUCAUGGAGGCAGCACUGAUUUUCCUUUGUUCUGCUCUGGUUCCAGUACUAGGUGUCAGUGAGGAGGUUAAGGAUCAAGACCCAUUUCACUAUGAUUAUGAAAGUUUGCGCAUUGGAGGGCUUGUCUUUGCAGUUGUCCUGUUCACCCUGGGGAUCCUUUUAAUUCUUAGUCGGAGGUGCAGAUGCAACAAUUUGAACCAGAAACAACGGGCUCCUGGAGAUGAAGAAGCUCAGGCUGAAAACCUCAUUGCCUCAAAAGCUAGGGGAUCCCAGAAAGCAGAAAACUGAGAAACAAUCUACAUAACCAGGGACUUACAGAGAACAAUCUACGCAAAAAACAAACCCUUCACCUACAGUUAAUAUCCCUCUCGGCCGCCUCCCCGUUUGACUGUACUGUGUCCAUUCUGUGCUUGGUAGCAUCAUCGUCCUAGGUUUCAAAAGUUCUGUGCCCUGUUCGCUAAUCUUAUCACUUACUUUGGGAAUGAACAUAUGUAGGAGCCUUGGAAAAAUAAUCAAGAAUCUGAAACAAAUCAUGAGCCACUGCUUCCUCCACUGUCACUGAUUAUGUAGGUUUAUAGUACGUACAGUUGUUCACAUCACCAAUCACAAGACAGCAGUUAAUCUCAGUUUUUCAAUAGCCAGCUAUAUGCUGUAGCCAUCCUUGCACAAUACAUUUUCUAAAUCAGUGUAUAAAAUGGUGUUUAAUUCUAUAUUAUAGGCAGUCCUGUUGGACAGACUGUAAUUGUGUUUGUGCCUUUUAAUGUUCUUGUUGGUGUGUACUGGGGAGCUACAUAUGUGUACAUCAUAUAAAUAUAUAUCUAUAUAAAUAUAUUGUAUGAAGAAGAAUCAUUUUAAUCUUCAGUGGCUAAGCACCAUAUUUAUCUGUAACAAGCAUAACUCUGUGAGGUAUAAAGAUGAAAGCGUUAUUCAUCUCAUAUUAAAUACUGAUGAGAUCUGUCCUUUAAUCUGUAGUCUCAAGAUAAAACCUGUGUUCUGCUGAAUCGCCUGUGUUUAUACAUCUCCUAAGAGAUACGUGAAAAUAUCAGAAAAAAUGAUAUUAUGCAAAGCUGUAUAACACUUUUAUGCAAAGCAAUGCAUAGAGGAUAUCAUUAUGUAUUCUAUACAGAACCAAGGGGAAGUAUCAGUUUGAAGAACAUGUGUUUAUAUAUCUCCUGAGAGAUACAUGAAACUAUCAGGUCAAAAAAAUUAUAUUAUGCAAAGCUGUAUAACACUUUUAUGCAAAGCAAUGCAUACAGUACAGGAUAUUAUUGUGUAUUCUAUACAGAACCAUGGGGAAGUAUCAGUAUGAAGAAUAUGUUACUGGCCUGCUAGCUCAGCUGAAUUAGUCAUUUUGUGUAUGUAUGUUUUCUCUGCUUUCCAGUUUAUGUGAUGUUUUAUUAUAAAAUGAUGAUUCUCAGUUCCAAGGAAUGGCAUAAAACUGGAAGCAAAGAGGAACACCCCAAUAUUAUAUUGUUAAACCUUACACUAGCUAUGGCAUAGACUUUAAUGCCACACUGUGAUACACUGUAGAGGUCCUGAAAGACUGAUACUUUCCCUUUUGGUAGGAACGCUUAAGACAUAAAAUACUUACUACCACUGUACUCUAUAUCAGGUCUGUCGCAGGAAAUAUUAAUAUCAGUUUAGUCAGCGUGAGCCAUUUGAAAAUUAACAAACUGCUGGUUGAAAUAAAAAAAACAAACAAACAAAAAAUUAAUGAAAGGCGGUCAUUGGCAGGUUUUUUAUUUACUGGAAUAUGAGCUGUGCUUUCCACUCAGUUUGAUGUGCUCUUUUUCUGCUGUUCUUUGUCUGUCUGGUCCCUGUGCAGACAUGGUUAUUCAGUGGCAUGUUCUUACACAACAACGUGUAGCAGUCUGUUUCCUUCAGUAUGAACCGAUCUUGCUGUGAUUCUGGGGCAAAAAGAGCUUCUUCUAUAAUCAAAUGCUAGCAAUUUUUUUUAUUGUAUGUGUAUUUCUAGUGCUGUCAAACAAAUGUGAAAUAAAACUGUAUUUUUAUCCUCA